AUGACACGCUCAACUCCUAUAACAGGUGGAAGCUCACCCUGUGAAGCCCCAUCGCCAGAUUUUGCUGCUGGCUCACCAGUCAUUACCAGUCCACACUCUCCAAUAUUCAUCUACCAUGAUUGGAAAGCCUACAAACAGCAAAUCCCCAUCUUACCCCAACAGAGACCUCGCCCUCUGACACCAGCGGGCUUUCGCGAUGGCGACACAGAAGAUGCAGACCGUCCUGCUGCGAUGUUUCAAAAGUCACAUUGGUUCAAACUCCCUGCCAAUGUAAGACAGGAUAUCCUUCGUCUUGCGUUUGGAGAUGAACGCGUGCAUAUGUGUCUGGGCUUCAACAUGAACGAUGCGCUUGAUAAUGAGUUAAAGGUCUGGUCAUGGUGUGGAUGUAUAUGCAAUCGCAAAGUGGUGAAGGGCUUGGGGCCUAUGACUCGUGGUAGUAAUACUGGCCCUUGGGUUGAUCGAUGUUUCAAUCACAACCAAGGCUCUUACUUCGGAGGAGAGUCAAAGCCCAAGAACAUCGGUGUAAUGGGAUGGUUGCAAUCCUGUCGCCAAAACUAUGCAGAGACCAUCGAUAUUCUCUACUCCACAAACACCAUAAUUCUAUCUGGUGAUGCCACAAUCAUGCACCUAGAGCGACUGGUGGAACGCCAGCGCCUUGACGUGGUGACCUCCCUGGAAGUCAAGUGCUCACUGAAAGAGGACUCAAAUGUUCUCAAGGAGGUUUUGACCAAGCUCACUCCCCCGGGACUGUUUCCGAAUCUCAAGCGCCUUUACGUUUCUGUGGAAAUCGGGCUUCAUCAACAAAAGUUUGCCCCAGCCCUCAAAUUAAUCGACCAGUUUGUCGGCGACAGACCCAAUCUUGACGAAUGUGCGUUUGCACUACCUAUGGAAUGGUUCGGGAAAGUCAGUGAUGGUCUCCGCGAUGGACGAACCGGACAGCGGAUCUCAUACAACCAGAUUUGGCGCAGUUUAGAUGACCGCGCAAACAAGGAGUCUGAUGAGGAUCAAACUGCGUGUACUGAAUUUGAUCACGUUCAACUGCCUUACGUGGAUAGCUAUCCGAAACCUCCGUAUCAUCUGGAGAAUCCUGGUUCUGGCUAUUGGAUAUUGGAAGCAGGUCAAUUGCCUUUGAAUUGGGAGUUGGACAAUAAUUUGACUCUCAAUGGCGGUUACACUGGCACAGACGAGUGGCCUUUUUGA